AUGACACCACCCGCAGCGACCGCCGCCGCCGCCCAAAAUGGCAAUGCCGCGCCGGCGACCGUCCCCGGCCCGUUGCUGAACCGGGCCGGUGAGCUGGAGCAUCUCCUCCAAGCUGUCCAGGACCUCAUCAUUCCCUUUGUCAAGGCCGCCGACGACGCCGCCGCCGAAAAGCCCACCGGCGCUAUACCCAAGGGCCGGCCCAACGUCCUCGUCCAGACGACCGCGCCUGCCGAGCUCGCCGCCAAGCUCGACCUCGUCCUGCCCGCAGAGGGCCAGGGCACCGACGGCCUGCUCGUCAUGAUCCAGCGCAUCCUCGACUACAGCGUCAACACCUGGGACCAGGGCUUCCUCGACAAGCUCUACGCCAGCAACACGCCGGUUGGCGUCAUUUCCGACAUAAUUCUCUCCAUCCUCAACACAAAUCUCCACGUCUAUCAAGUCUCGCCCGCGCUCUCCGUCAUUGAAAAGGCCACCGGCCGCGCCCUCGCCGGGCUGUUUGGCUUCACCGGCGACUUUGCCGGCGGCAUCACGUGCCAGGGCGGCAGCUCGAGCAACCUGACCUCGCUCGUGGUGGCGCGCAACACGCUGUACCCCGAGUCCAAGUCCAAGGGCGUGGCGGGCGCGGGCCACGACUUUGUCGUCUUCACCAGCGCGCACGGGCACUACUCGGUCGAGAAGAGCGCCAUGAUCUGCGGGCUCGGCGGCGACAGCGUGUGGGCCGUGCCCAUUGACGACGCCGGCUGCAUGCGCGCCGACGCCCUGCGCGAGCUCGUCGUGCACGCCCAGGCCCAGGGCAAGACGCCGCUCUACGUCAACGCCACGGCGGGCACCACGGUGCGCGGCUCGUACGAGCCCUUUGCCGAGAUCGCCGCCAUCUGCAAGGAAUUCGGCCUCUGGAUGCACAUUGACGCCAGCUGGGGCGGGCCCGUCGUCUUCUCGCGCGCCCACCGCCACAAGGUCGCCGGGUCGCACCUCGCCGACUCCAUCACCAUCAACCCGCACAAGAUGAUGAACGUGCCGACGACGUGCUCGUACCUGCUCAUCCCGGACACGCGCACCUUCAAGGUCGCCAACAGCACCAAGGCCGGCUACCUGUUCCACGACGGCGCCGGUGGCGACGCCGAGACGUGGGACCUGGCCGACCUCACCCUGCAGUGCGGCCGCCGCGGCGACAGCCUCAAGCUCGCCCUCGCAUGGCUCUACUACGGCGCCGACGGCUUCGAGCGCCAGAUUGACCACGCCUUUGCCAUGGCCGCGCUGCUGCACACGCGCCUGGAGAGGACGGGUAACUUUGCCCUGCUGUCUGAGAACCCGACCCCGUGCCUGCAGGUCUGCUUCUACUACGCCCCGGCUGGCGUGCUGUCUGCGGACAAGCAGGCCAAUACGGCGCAUACGCAGCGCAUCGUGCACGCGCUGAUUGAGCGCGGCUUCAUGGUGGAUUAUGCGCCCGGCGACAGCGGCAGUUUUCUGCGCGUCGUCGUCAAUGUGCAGACGCUGCCCGGCACUGUCGACGGCCUGGCCAAGGCGCUCAACGAAGUAGGCGCAGAGGGCCAAUGA